AUGAGGGUGGAUUAUUAUAAGGUAUUGAAAGUGGGGAGGAAUGUGACAGAGGAUGAUCUGAAGAAAUUGUACAGAAGAUUGGCAAUGAAAUGGCACCCAGGUAAGAACCCAACCAAUAAGAAAGGAGCUGAAGCCAAAUUCAAGCAAAUCUCCGAAGCCUACGAUGUAUGCAUUCCGAAGCGCACAUACAUGGUAUUGAGUGACCCACAAAAGAGGCAAAUCUAUGAUCAGUAUGGUGAAACAGGUUUGAAAGAAAUGCCAUCACCUGGUUCUAGGGGCAGUGGUGGAUUCCCAAAUGGUUUCAAUCCAAAAAAUGCAGAGGAUAUUUUUGCUGAAUUCUUUGGGAGUAGCCCUUUUGGAUUUGAGUCUGCAGGGGCUGGCCGGUCCAUGAGAUAA